CUACCCAACUAUCUCGUCAUCUCCUUCUCCACCCACCAUUUUCCUUUUCUCUCAUCAUACCAAUACUCAAUUCCCUUUCUCUUUUAUGCCCUCUGCCCUUUGCUUCUUCUUGCACCAAAGCCAGGAGCAAAAUCACAAAGAAAAUACAAAUGUCAUGAUUGUUACCUCCUACCUUAUCUUAACACGUUAACACAAUCCUUUUUCUUCAAUCCAACUCUACUCUUCUUCUUCCUCCUCAAGUUCUGACCUUUUAUUAUCUCAAUUUAACCCCACCAAGAAAAAAAGAUCUAAUCUUGCUCGUCAAUUCUUACUAAAUUUGUUCAUUUCGUUGUCUCCAUUAAACCCCACCAUCAAAAAUCAUAUCUUGCUGCUCAAUUCUUCUUAAAAAUUGUUUCAUUAGACAUGGCUGAAGUACUCCUAUCAUCUCCUUCCCAGUUCCCUUCUUCUUCAAGCUCUUCAUCCACUCCAUGUGUUUCCAAUAAUUAUAACAACAACAACAACAACAACAACGCCAACGGUAGAGCUACACAAACCCUUCAUGAUAUAGUUCAAGAGAGAGACCAAGAAGACCAAGAAGAAGAAGAAAUAGGAGAGAGGAAAGAGAGGGAAAGAAGUGAGGAAGAUCAGCUGUCACUUUUGGCAUUAUUGGUGUCUGCUUUUAGGAAGUCUUUGGUGGGUUGUAGCAUCAGUAAAGAGCUUUGUUCAAUGGAGAUUGGUUUGCCCACCAAUGUUAGACAUGUUGCACAUGUUACUUUUGACAGGUUUAAUGGAUUUCUUGGCUUGCCUGUUGAGUUUGAGCCGGAGAUUCCCAGGACGCCCCCCAGUGCCAGUGCAAGUGUUUUUGGGGUUUCGACGGAGUCUAUGCAGCUUUCAUUUGAUUCACGAGGGAAUAGUGUGCCUACAAUACUACUGUUGAUGCAAAGGCACUUGUAUGCCCAAGGAGGCCUAUGGGCAGAAGGAAUUUUCCGAAUUAAUGCUGAGAACAGCCAAGAGGAAUAUGUUAGGGACCAAUUAAAUAGGGGAGUUGUACCAGAUGGCAUUGAUGUGCAUUGCUUGGCUGGCCUUAUAAAGGCAUGGUUUAGAGAACUUCCAACUGGGGUCCUGGACUCUCUUUCACCAGAGCAAGUAAUGCAAUGCCAGUCAGAAGAGGAAUGUGCUCGGCUUGUGAGACUCCUUCCACCAACAGAAGCUGCUUUGCUGGAUUGGGCGGUAAAUCUAAUGGCAGAUGUUGCACAAUUGGAACAUAUGAACAAGAUGAAUGCACGCAAUGUUGCUAUGGUGUUUGCCCCGAACAUGACUCAAAUGUCAGAUCCUUUGACAGCAUUGAUGUAUGCUGUUCAAGUGAUGAAUUUUCUCAAGACUCUUGUCAUUAAGACACUUAAAGAGAGGGAAGAUUCCAUGAUAGAAUCAGGAAGAGAUUCUUGCCCAGAGCCCUCUGAUGAGAACGGGCACCAAAGUUCUGUACAACAAUAUCCUGAGGAUACCAAUGACAAGUCCAGCAAGGGGGACGAAGAGUAUAAAACUUUUGUUUCCGCAGAGCCUGCAUUGGAGAGCCCCUCACACCCUACUCAACUUAAUGCCACUGGACCUCAGAACUUCCUAGCAUCAAUCGAGAACAUCAUUGGCACAGGCAACCGGACAUUGGUUGAUAAUUGCCCUUGUGAGGUAGUAUCCCAAGUUAACUCCUUGGCAAAUGGAGUCCAAGAGGGUAACUUUUCAGAAACCAGUUUUUGCAAGAACAGAAGCAGUCAAUCAAGUGGAUUAAGUGUAAGGAAGAAUUGUAAGAAGGUGAGUGAGCUGUCAACAAUUGCAGAAUGUGGAGGUGUAGAGAGAAGCAAGGGAGGCAGUGUUGUUGGGCGUAUAAAUUCAAGGAGUGAGCUGUUUGAAGCAUGGCGAUGAAGGGCUGUAAAUGCUUGUAGCAUGACAUUUGGCUAACUGGUGAAAGCAGCUGAUAAAUGUAUGUUUGUGUUGUAUGUGUUUGAUGCAUGGCUUAGUGUUUGAUUUGUUAACUUCUUGUUAUGUUUAAUGUUGGAUUGUUUGUUAUUAACCCAUUAUAACUUUGUGCAGCUUCUCAUCAAUCCAGAUUUCUUGUUGCAUAAAA